AAACAAAAAAAAAAAAAAAAAAAAAAAAAAAAAAAAAACUAUAACCAAUACCCACUAGCAAGGGCCAGACGGUUCAAACAAAAGCAGCUGGUACACUUAAACAUGGAGACUGGUAUAGCUUGCUGUGCUCGUGGAGCUCUGUUGCCUGGUAUUUCUUCUCAGCACACAAAAGCUUUAGCUUCUCCAUCCUCCACUUUCAGGAGUCUGAAAUCAAGCUCACUAUUUGGGGAAUCAUUGCGGUUGGUGCCAAGAUCAUCUCUCAAGGUUUCAAAACCGAAGAAUGCUUCCUUAGUGACAAGAUGUGAAAUUGGUGACAGCUUGGAAGAGUUCCUGACAAAGGCAACACCAGAUAAGGGACUUAUUAGGCUUCUGAUGUGCAUGGGAGAGGCAUUAAGGACUAUUUCAUUCAAGGUCAGGACAGCUUCUUGUGGAGGAACAGCAUGUGUUAAUUCCUUUGGAGAUGAACAACUUGCUGUGGAUAUGCUUGCCAACAAGCUUCUUUUUGAGGCCUUGACUUACUCUCACUUCUGCAAAUAUGCUUGUUCUGAAGAAGUUCCUGAACUUCAAGACAUGGGAGGCCCUGCUGAAGGUGGGUUCAGUGUUGCUUUUGAUCCACUUGACGGCUCUAGUAUCGUCGACACAAAUUUCUCAGUAGGCACCAUCUUUGGAGUGUGGCCAGGAGAUAAACUAACUGGAAUAAAAGGAAGUGAUCAAGUUGCAGCAGCAAUGGGAGUCUAUGGUCCAAGAACCACUUAUGUUCUUGCUCUUAAAGACUUCCCUGGCACCCACGAAUUCCUUCUUCUCGAUGACGGAAAAUGGCAACAUGUUAAAGAGACAACUGAGAUUGGUGAAGGAAAACUAUUCUCUCCAGGAAAUUUAAGAGCUACAUCUGACAAUCCUGACUAUGACAAGUUGAUCCACUACUAUGUGAGAGAAAAAUACACUUUGAGAUACACUGGAGGAAUGGUGCCAGAUGUUAAUCAGAUCAUUGUAAAAGAGAAAGGUAUCUUCACCAAUGUGAUAUCACCAUCUUCAAAGGCUAAACUGAGAUUGUUGUUUGAGGUAGCUCCAUUAGGAUUCCUGAUAGAGAAAGCUGGAGGCUAUAGUAGUGAUGGCCAUAUCUCUGUGUUAGACAAGGAGAUCAAAAAUCUCGAUGACAGAACUCAAGUUGCUUAUGGAUCAAAGAACGAGAUUAUUCGAUUCGAAGAAACUCUAUACGGGAAAUCAAGACUCAAAACUGGAGGAGUUCCUGUUGGAGCUGCUGCAUAAAAUGGAAAAUGCUAGCUUUCCCUUGCUUUUCCUUUUUGUAUCUUUGAACAAAUUUAUCUCCUUAUACGUGUUUGUAAGAUAGUUCAUGAACAAUUCUUAUUUCGCAGGACUAUUAGAAUUAUAAAUGUUUAAUUUGUUUUAAGAUGAAAUGGCAAGCUACCAGGGAUUCAUCUUUUGUUAUCUGAUAGAAUUGGAUUUCAUCCAAUAAAAAUGGUUACUAUUCGCGCCA